GUAAAAAGAGGGGAAACCCCCAAAAUCCCAACAUUUGCCCCACCAAGACACUAAUAAAAAAGGCGGCUUCUAAUUACUUAAAUAACCCUCCCGCGCAUAAACAUCGUAUACAUCAGACGCAUAAUACGAGCAGCGCAUAGUGAAAUUCAUCAACAAGACAAAUUCUUGCAGCGCCAUAUUUUAUAAUUACAUCACAUCACAAAUACCGAGAGACAAAAUAACUACCCAUAAUCUGUCUUGGUUUGUCUGAAUACUCAAACUUCUUUCUCUUAUCUUCACAGCUUGAUAACCUUCAAAAUGGCGCAGCCAGCACGAUCGCCGGCGACUGGCCAAACCUCUCCCACUCCCAUAAGUCCUACAUCUCCAGGGAGGUCUAGCAUUCCAUCUGCCAUGCAAGCCAUGCCUGAUUCCCGCCAACAGAGCUUUGAAGAAAUCUACGGACCUCCUGAAAACUUCCUCGAGAUAGAAGUAUAUCAUCCCAUUUCAUUCAUUUCAUUCCAUACCUUUCCAUGCCUAGCAUCCACCCGGGCCUCCACUUGUCCCCGCCACAAACACACAAACAGACAAGCAACCAACUAACCCGACUGCCCUCCUCUAGGUCACCGACCCUCAAACCCACGGCAUCGGCCGCAACAUGUACACCGACUAUGAAAUCAACUGCAGCACCAACAUCCCAGCCUUCAAACUACGCAACAGUACCGUGCGACGCCGCUACAGCGAUUUCGAAUACUUUCGCGACAUCCUCGAGCGCGAAAGUGCGCGCGUGACGAUUCCCCCUCUACCCGGAAAAGUUUUCACGAAUAGAUUCAGUGAUGAUGUAAUUGAGCAUCGGAGAGAGGGUUUGGAGCGAUUCUUGCAGAUCGUGGUUGGACACCCGCUUUUGCAGACGGGUAGUAAGGUUUUGGCGAGUUUUGUGCAGGGUGAGUUUGCCUUGUUCUUUGAUUUACUUAUUUAUGAGUCUCUAUUCUAUCUUUGGAGCCUUGGAAUUUGGGGAUGGAGUCAGAUUUAUAAUGAAGGCGCCAUGUUAAUCUAUGAGGAGCAGAUCCAAACUGGGACCGGAAUGCUUGGUGAAGUGGCCUGGAAGAGUCUGAAAUGAGGAGUCAACAUGUUCCACGAAAACUCAAGAGACGACGUCCAAAUAGCAUGGAAAAGGCAAUAUCAAUGAAUGGUACACACCAGCCAAAGGCUCCGAUGCAGAAACCUGUAAUUCGACAAGAUAGUAUACAAUUAUGGGAUGGAGUAGGAUGAUUUUCAUAAUCAAAAGGGGUGGGGGUGUUACCACAGUUUACUUCGAUCUUCUCACAUAUACCAAGGGCGUUUAGCUGGUGGGUGGCUGCAUUUCCAUUCGUUGGGGAGACUAUGGUUGCACAAUAUUAGUUGCGGGUUCUGCGAUACUAAGUAUGUCAGAACCAAGCAAAAGAGCAAAUAAUCUGAUGUCAUAAACUCGUGUCUAUUAUCUUUGCAAAAUUGCUGUUGUCUAUUUAAGUCU